UCUUCACUCUGCCAUAUUAUUGCGUGUGUUGUCGCUGGUCAAUGUCGUCAAAGGCAAAGCGGUAAUGGAGGAUGAUCAGCUUGAGAGUUUCAAUACGAACCACUGCAGCACGCUUUUCUGAGCGAAGUUGUGUAUAACAAUGUCCGCAAACCUUUCUUCGAUGAAGAUCAAAAAAAGAAGUUUAUUACAGGCGUGGAGCAGCAUUGAUGUGAUGCUGAAGAUGGUUUUGGUGAAGAUGGUCAUUGAUUAGGACAAUUCAUGCCUAUAUGUAAUACUAGAAGGUCUUCUAAAAGAUAGGAUUAGGAUUACAAACCGCAACAAGAAAGGUCCCUUCGUUUAUUCUGUGGUAGCGUCCAAAGCUGCACCGGUAAAGCAGCAACCUCCUUGUUCACGUCCUCCACAACACAAAAGAAAAAUGACCUCCGUAAACCAAGUAUUGGCCCUUUUGGUCCUCGACAGUGACCACCACCGAUUAGCUGUGAAGUACUGUGCGCCAGGCCAGAAACUCUUCCCAACGGUAGAAGAGCAGCGGUCUUUUGAGAAGAAAGUGAUCAAGAAACUGCCAAAGCCGACUGGUCGGCCAUCCGAAGGCGACGUUGCGAUUGUGGGAGACAACCAAUUAGUACUCUACAAAAUCAUCAACGACGUGUACAUUUGCGUGCUGUGCUCGACGGCGGAGAAUGAAGUCAUACUGUUAUGCAAUUUUUUACAAUUUUCGAAUUUUUCUUCCUCUUCCAGGACUAACUUCCAUGGUAACUCUAACUGCUCAGAGUAAAAAUAAGUUUAAGUAGUAAAAAGCCGAUGUUCUGAUGUCAUCACGAUAAUUUUCCUGCUCUGUGUCUCUUGUCUCUGUCAUCUUCCUGAUGAAGGAUUCACCCUUGCGGCCUCUUCCUCCUUCCCCUCUUUCAUGUCCUGCGCAAGUUCUCGAAGGUCUUUGCCAAGCACUGCAAUCCGCCACCCAGAUGAUGGCUUUCGUCGGCAAUGGCAUCACCAAACAAAGCGUGUUGGAGUGUUUAGACCAGGUUCUGCUCGUUCUGGAUGAAGUGACAGACGAUUUGGGCAUAAUCAUGGAGGUCGAGGAGGAAAAGAUCUUGAACCGUAUCCGUAUGCAAGAUGAGAUUCAGGAUGUCGGAGAACCGGAACCAGCGGAGAAGAUGUUCCAGCAGGCGACGCAGGCAGCGAAGAAGCGACUCAUUGAGUCGUUGUUGGGUGGUGGACGAGGCUGAUGAUUGCUCCGCGACGUGUAGCAACUUCUAGUACAGCUACUUAUAAUAAUCAUCACAAAACAAGAAAGGAAGUACAGCUACUUAAUAAUCAUCACAAAACAAGGAAGGCAUCUGUGGUGGAUCUUCUCGGAAAGUGAUAUUUUUCCGACACGUAAUAAACACGCCCUCUUAAUAACAUCGUGCUGGCCACACUCCCCCCAAUCUCAUAAUGACUCGAGUAAUCCCUCUUUCAACAAGACAUUUCACCAGGACUGACACCCGCCCUUCAAGUGACUGUGACAUCAAGACCCUGUGAUUAUAUUUUGAAGAAGAAGAAUCAGGUUACGGCUACACGGACAACUACAUGCCAAAUAUACGC